AUGGCAUUCUCCUGGCUCAUCCACGUCUCUACGCUCGCAGCUGAUCACGACUUCGGCCAGCCCCCCAUCGCCCACAGCAAGUCCAUUCUCUUCCUCAUCUGGGAGCCGAUCGGCACCAUGUUCAUCGGCUCCCUUGACGCCAGCGCCAACGUCGCUGCCUCCCUCGUCUCCCUCGCUCGCGGCAACGACGGCUACGACAAGCUCAUCAUUGAAGAAGAUGGCGUGGACCCUUUGCUCUGUCUGAUUAAGGAGGGUCGGGUGGAGGCCCAAGAGAACGCCGCACUCGCCAUCGGCCUGCUUGCCCGCGACCUGGAGAGCGUCGAGCAGAUGGUGCUUGCCGGCGUUUGCUCAGUCUUCGCCGAGGUCCUCAAAGAAGAAGCCAUGAAAUUCCAGGCGAUGGUGGUGUCGGCCGCGGUGGAGCUCACCGCCAACCACCCCAAGCGCCAGGACAUCUUCACCCAACACAAUGUCAUCCGCCUCCUCAUCAUCCACCUCGCCUUCGAGACCGUCCAGGAGCACUCCAAGUAUGCCAUUCCCUCCAAAGGCAUGUCCAUCCACUCCAUCGUCAUGGCCAACAACGCAACAAUGGAUCAUUAUUCCAUGCCGGUAGAUGGCCUAGAGCAGAGCUACAAGACCCAGUCCAACGCCAACGGGACGGCCGGGGUUCCGAAGCACCAGGAGAAUGUCUUGUUGAACGACACUAGCAUUAAGGGGAGGGAGUUCGAGGACCCGGCCACCAAGGCCUACAUGAAGAUAAAGGCCAUUGUAUAUGAAUUUUUAUAA